AUGGACAUGCCGAAAUUGACCGCCCCGGUCUCGCCGGCGGGCGUCAACUUCUCCAAUGAAACGCAAGCUUUUGCUUUCCUCAUGGCCGUUUUGAACGACGACGAAUUGAAAGUGCAGGGCAACGCAUACGCCCGGGUAUUCUGGUACGGCAUGGUCUCUGCAAUCACAGUCGCCACUCUUUUCAACAUCGCGACGAAGCUGGUGGCGCGAGCAAGGCUGAGAGAUGCGGCGCUGAACAAACCAUACCCGAGUCGGCCAAAGUCGUUACCGGCAAGGUGGUUUGCGACUUUGACAGCAAUCGGGCGUGAGUCGUCGUAUCUUGCGCUGAGCCCUCUUCGCCGUGUGCCCUGGUUGAAGACGCCACCAAUGGGGACGGGACUGUUGGUCCUUGCGUACAGCAUUUGGGUACUUCUCCUGGAAUUCUACGACAACGACUUACCAGGCGCCCAGCACUGGGAGGCUAUCGGAAUACGAGCUGGAUGGCUGGCAGUUGCGCAAGUGCCGCUUCUGGUGCUGCUGGUCAACAAGAACAAUCUCAUCGCCUUCCUGACCGGGGUUUCCUACGAACGGCUGAAUAUUCUACAUCGUUGGGCUGGGCGUAUUCUUCUAUUCCUCGCGCUACUCCACUUUGGUUUUCAAAGCUACGGCUGGGCCAAAUACGGAAUCACUGAGUUGGAGUGGACGACAGACACCUGCCCGCCUACAGGCAUCAUUGCCCUUGGCUUCCUGCUAUGGAUCAACAUCAGCACUAUCGCUCCCUUCCGGGACCUGUCAUACGAGCUCUUCGUUGCUCAGCACCUCCUCUCGUUCGCGGGUUUCAUCAUCGCUAUCAUGUACCAUAUCCCGCCAUGGACGAUGCCGGCUCGGCAGUACAUUUACAUCCCCAUUGCAGCAUACCUCGUCGACCGCAUCGUCCGGACCACGUACGUUGCCUGGAGCAACAGGCGUGUCGCUCGCGCAACCCUCACCCAGCUCGACGGCGAUGCCACCAUGAUCCGGGUCUCCAAUAAAGCGAUCCGGAGUUGGAAACCUGGUUCGCAUGUUCUCCUCUCCAUCCCUCGGUUCGGCCUCUUCCAGAACCACCCCGCAACCAUCGUCUCUACUCCCACCUCUCACGGCGGCGACCAGAUAUUCGUGCUCAAAAGCCAUCGAGGCUUCACCAAAAAGAUCCGCAAAGGCACGAAUACUUCAACUUCGUAUGCCGCCCUGCUGGAUGGCCCGUACGGUGGCUCGCAGUCUGACUAUGCCCAACUUCAUUCCGUCCUCCUCUGCGCGGGGUCCACCGGGGUCAGCUUCACCCUGUCCAUACUCCAGGACCUUGCGGAACGCUCUCGUCUUCCAUUGCCACUCCGCCGCCUGCACUUUGUCUGGUGCAUCAAAGAUGUCAGCUGGGCGAGCUGGUUCGAUGCCGAGAUUGCUGCCGCCAUUGACAAGCUCGACAAAACCGGGAUCGAUGCACAGGUUAGCCUCUUCGUCACUCGCGCGACGGACUUGUCCGUAGACGACACCGACUCAGUGGCAUCGUUCGCCGACAACAAGCUUCCCUUGGAAAAGACUGUUGCAGUAGAUGGAAUGGGCCAACGCCUUCGAAUCAUGCCAGGCCGACCAGACGUACGUUCACUACUAGCAGAGCUGCUUGAUGGCGCAGAAGGGGAGUCGGGGGUUGGGGCAUGUGGCCCGAUGAGUCUGACCUCCACAUUACGGCAGCAAGUCGUCACCAUGAGUGACGAGCGUGCGGUACACAAAGGCGGGCUUCCGCAGGGAUGCUACUUACAUGUAGAGUCUACGUAUUGA